GGCUGCUCUUCCCGCGGAUGCUGGGAGGACGCUUGGCCAUGUCCUGGCGCUGCGCGAGUUCGGUGGGGAGGCGACUGAUGGCUAGCAGGAGCAGCUUGACUUGGCGGCGCAGCGCGUCUGGAGCUGCGGGCUCGGGGGUCUCUUUACAUGGUCUUGGCUGUUUUGGAACUCACCGUGUAAUCCAGGCAGGCCUCCACUCACAGAGCUCCAGUGCUUCUGCGUUCCCAGUGCUGGGAUCAAAGAUGUACGCCACCACCCCUGACUCAAAUGCUGCUUUUUUUCAGUUUUAGGUUUUGGAUAACAAAUGCUGAGGAUGGGAAACGGCACAUCCUCAUCUGUAGGGAAGUCAGCAUCUACGCCUGUGAACCAGAUCCAAGAAACAAUUUCUAACAAUUGUGUGGUGAUUUUCUCAAAAACAUCCUGUUCUUACUGUUCAAUGGCCAAAAAGAUUUUCCGCGACAUGAAUGUCAACUAUAAAGCUGUAGAAUUGGAUAUGCUGGAAUAUGGUAGCCAGUUUCAAGAUGCCCUUCAUAAGAUGACUGGAGAAAGAACUGUUCCAAGAAUAUUUGUCAACGGAACAUUUAUCGGAGGUGCAAUGGACACUCACAGGCUUCACAAAGAAGGGAAAUUGCUGCCACUGGUUCAUCAAUGUAAUUUAAAACAAAGCAAGAGGAAAGAAGUUGAAUGACGUGGUCGCUGUAACCAGUAAAAUGUUAGUUAAUGCAAUCCCACACUCUGUUUGAGGAUGUUUUAAGUGUGUUGCCUUCAUAAGGAUGAUGUAAAAUAAUGAAUAAAUUCCCAUGGA